AUGGACGUAUCAGACAUGGACCGAAAAUCGACUGACAAGAAUGACGACCCCGUCAUCAAGGCUACCAAUGUGGAGGUUGGGGACAUUUUAGUGUCUGACUAUACUGAGCAACAAUAUAAGAAAUUGACCCGGAAGAUUGACUACUAUCUCUUGCCAAUGAUGUUCUUCUUCUACGGAAUACAGCAGGUAGACAAGACCUCAACUAGUAUUCAAGCAAUAUUUGGGAUGGAGGAUGACUUGAAUCUACACGGCCAACAAUACCAAUGGCUGACCACUAUCUUCUAUCUUACGUACCUUAUCGGAGAGUUCCCCUCUGUCUAUCUCCUGCAAACAUUCAAUGUUGGCUUGGUCCUAUCCAUCUAUAUUACAUGCUGGGGAAUAUGUCUCAUCUGUAUCAGCGCCGUACAAAAUUGGUCGCAGUUGAUGGCUCUCCGUGCCCUACAAGGCUUCUUCGAAAGCAAUAUAUCUCCAGGCUUCCUCCACAUUACAGGUGCCUUGUACCGCACCGAGGAACUUGCCAAUCGCUCCCUCUUCUGGCAGUCGUCAGAGGGCUUCUUCUGUAUUGUCUGUAACCUUAUUUUAUACGCCAUUGCUAGACAUGUUGAAGCCCACGGCGGUAUAGCGGCCUGGAGAUGCAUUUCACUUUUCUUAGGUUCGCUUACCCUGGCCGGUGCAGUAGCCGCCUUCUUCUUGCUCGGUUGCCCACACGAGGUGCGCUGGCUGAGUGAGGAUGGGAACGCAUGGCGUAGGUCCGCCCGCACGUUGGACAACCAAGUUGGUCAGGAUACGACGGGUAAAGAAUGGUCCUGGCCACAAGUUAUCGAAGCCUUUAAAGAUCCCCAACUCUAUUUUUCCUUUGCCAAUUCUUUCCUUGGCAAUAUCCCCAACGGGCAAGUCAACACGCAUCUCCCCCAUGGCGCGGUCUAUCACUCUCUCAUGUACGAGACCUUUGGCUUUAGUGACUGGGAAUCCAUGCUUUACGGCUGUCCCAGAUAUGCUGCCUACGUAGUCAGCUUCCUCAUCGUUGGAUUAUACACUCGCAAAGUCAAAAACCAGCGCAUGUGGGUCAUGGUUGCCUGCUGCAUUCUUCCUUUCAUCGACCUCCUAGUCAUGUCCCUUCUCCCUAACACGCCCCAAUACAAGUGGGUUAAAUGGGGAAUGUUCAUGAUGACAGUUGUCUUUUCUAUGGCUAUUUUCCUGGAUUGGAGUCUCAUCCCCUCCAAUGUUGCAGGUAAAACGAAACGAUCCGUCGUUUCCGCCAUGACGUUGAUUGCCUACUGCGCCGGAAACAUGGCUGGUGCGCAGGUAUUCAAGACCAAAGAUGCGCCCCGAUAUGUCUCGGGAACGGUCGCGUGCUCGGUGUGUUUUGCUCUCGAGGUGAUUGUUAUUCUUGCCUGGAGAGGUUGGUAUAUGUGGGACAAUCGACGCAGGGAGCGAAUUGUACAGAGCAUGGGCAUCUCUAAAGAGGAGCAAGAACGGCGGGGUAGAGAGUUGGGGGCGCAGGAUGUUACGGAUAUGAACAAUGUUUAUUUUCGGUAUACCAUGUGA